GUCCAGAAACACAAGCAAUGAUACGAGUUCGGCUUGAGGUUUAUCCAAAACGACAUACCGUUGUCAUAUCUCUCACUCCAUUGAUCGUAAAACAAUGGAGGGACGGAUAAAAUUCCCUAAAAUUCAACUAGUAGACUACCAGCCCAAAUUCUUCUCUCAGGAUCUGGUAAAAGUGGAGGAACAUAGAGAUAAAAGUAAUCUGGUAGGAACAGAUAUUAAGCAAGAUGGAAAGCAGCUUCAAAAGUCUGAAGGUGAAGCACCACCCAAAGUUAGUGGAGGCAAUGGUAUGCGAAUUGUUUCAGGCACUGGAAAUCAGAAACAAGGUAAAUUGUUUUACUAUGAUACACCAUUUUCUGAAGAAACAGGAGUUUGGGUACCUGUGUCCGUUCCCCCUAUGUCUGAAAGUGAACAUGAAGAAUGCAGUAGAGGCCUCAGUCUGAAUGGAGGAUACUUUCCUGAUGGUGAUUUAGGCUGGAAUAAGUUUACUGGAGAAAGUAAGGACCUGACCAUGUGGGAUGUGUUCAAUGAGAUGUUAAUAGCAGCUCGAGGCAAAGUGAGUGCUAUUGCUUCAGGUGAUGUCCAAAGAUGUGGAAUUUCUUGGUUAUCUAAUCAUCUUCUUGAGCAAGCAUGGAUAGAGAUGGCUCAAACGCUUACAGAGGCUAAUUUUGGUAAUAUCAGGGAAAUUCUUGAAGCAGAGCCACCAAAAUGGUUGGCUGACAGUGUGGCUUCUGCUUGCAUGCUUUGUAAUGUGUGGUUCCAUCCUAUCAUGCGCCCUCGUCAUCAUUGCCGCUUUUGCGGUGGGAUAUUCUGCAAUGAAUGUUCUAAGGGAAGAAGCCUGUUACCAAUGAAAUUUCGCACUGGGAACCCACAACGAGUAUGUGAUGUUUGUUGUGUGAGGCUCGAGUCUGUCCAAUCAUACUUGAUAGACAGCGUAAGUCGUGCUGCUCAGUUGCCAACCCAUGAUCUGACAGACCUCAGUACUUUAAGAUCAUGGCUUAAUUUUCCUUGGGGCCAAUCCAUGGAAUAUGAGAUUUAUAAGGCUGCAAAUAUUGUUCGCAAUUAUAAUAAGCAUUGUACACAGGUUGGGUCCUUGAAACCUGAAAAGUCCAUACCAGAUGCUAUUUUAAAACAAGCAAAAGGCCUUGCAAUUGUUACUGUUGCAAAGGUUGGGGUUAUGGUAACAUACAAUAUUGGAACAGGGCUGGUUGUUGCUCGUGGAGAAGAUGGAUCUUGGUCUCCACCAUCUGCAAUAUCUUCCUUCGGUGUUGGCUGGGGAGCUCAGGCUGGAGGUGAAUUUACGGAUUUCAUUAUUGCAUUGAGAACUAAAAGUGCUGUCAGAACAUUUAGCGGAAACAUGCAUUUAUCAGUUGGAGCAGGUUUGAGUGCAGCUGUUGGCAUUGUUGGACGGGCUGCUGAAGCUAACUUGCGUGGGGGCUCUGGGGGUUGUGCUGCUUGUUAUACAUACAGCUUUAGUAAAGGUGCAUUUGUCGGGUGCUCACUUGAAGGAAGUGUAGUUACAACCAGAAACCAAGAAAAUUGUAGAUUUUAUGGUAAUCCAUCUAUCACUGCUUCAGAUAUUCUUCUUGGUUCAUUGCCUAGGCCUCCUGCUGCUUCCACUCUUUAUCAAGCUCUCUCAAAUCUAUUUGAAAAACUUGAGAAGUGAUUGCUUCUUUGGUCCAUUUAAAAAAUAUUUUGUGGUUUCGUCCUGAUAAUUGCUGGGAGGUGCCUCAUACCGACAUGUAAAUUCUUUCCAUCUCUCUUUGAUGAAUUUCAACCCUCAUUCUUGUAUCAUGAGGUAAUUGGUUACAAAUUGGUUGUAUAGUUCAGAGAAAUCUGGAAAAUUUGACAUAGAUAGAAGUCAAAUGAAAUGUUAAAAGUGCUGGAUUUUAGUUUUUCGUGUAAAUUAGAAGAUAUACUAGAUGACCAUUAAAUUUAUUUGCAUCUAGCUGUUUCUCAUCUCCUGAGCCCUGAGGUAUUAUUUAAGUAAGAGAAGGUUUGCUUA